GAGGAGGGAGCGGCUCUGUCAGCGCCUCCGCUCCGCGCGGCGGCGGCUCGGGCGGUCCUUCGCCCCCUUCCUCGUCGUGGCCACCCGCCCCAAACUUUCAGCCUGUUGUCGCUGCCAGGCGAAGCCCAGCUCGACAUAAAUGGUGGAGGCGAUAGUGGAGUUUGACUACAAAGCUCAACACGAUGAUGAGCUGACAAUCACUGUCGGUGACAUAAUCACCAAUAUCAAGAAAGAUGAUGGAGGCUGGUGGGAAGGACAGCUCAAAGGCAGAAGAGGUUUGUUCCCUGACAACUUUGUAAGAGAAAUAAAGAAAGACAUGAAGAAAGAAAAUACUGCCAACAAACCACCAGAGAAGCCUAUAAAUGAAGUUUCCAAUGGAAGCCCUUUACUGUUGUCUGAGACAAUUAUUAGAACCAACAAAAAAGGAGAGAGAAGCAGAAGAAGAAGAUGUCAGGUGGCUUUCAGUUACAUGCCUCAAAAUGAAGAUGAAUUGGAAUUAAAAGUUGGUGACAUCAUUGAAGUUGUGGGAGAGGUGGAAGAGGGCUGGUGGGAAGGUAUACUCAAUGGGAAGACUGGCAUGUUUCCUUCCAACUUCAUAAAGGAGCUCUCUGAUUCUGAUGAUGUUGGAAUAGCACAGGAGGAGCAACUAAAGUCAAGAAAAUCUGCCUUUGAAGGGACAAUUCUGUACAGAGUGGCACCGGCAAAGAUUGACAGCUACAGACGUUAUAACAGCCUAAAAGAUGCUACAGGCUCUGAGAGUGACGGUGGUGACUCUUGCAGUACAAAAUCAGAAGGAGCCAAUGGAGGCACGACAAUCCAACCCAAAAAGGUCAAAGGUGUUGGCUUUGGAGAUAUCUUCAAAGACAAACCCAUUAAGCUACGACCAAGGUCAAUAGAAGUUGAAAACGACUUCCUCCCAGUAGAUAAGAGUGUUGGGAAGAAAUUACCUCCAGCCACAGCAACUCAGGAGCCAACAAAAAUAGAAGUGGACAGCAGAACAAAAAACAAGGAGUAUUGCAAAGUGAUAUUUCCGUACGAAGCGCAGAACGACGAUGAACUCACAAUCCGGGAAGGUGAUGUUGUCACACUUAUCAGCAAGGAUUGCAUUGAUGUGGGUUGGUGGGAAGGAGAACUCAAUGGCAGACGAGGUGUCUUUCCAGAUAACUUUGUCAAGCUACUCCCUUCAGACUUUGAGAAAGAGAGACCGAAGAAACCACCACCUCCAUCAGCUCCUGUCAUCAAACAAGGAUCAGGGACCACAGAUCGAAAGCAUGAAAUCAAGAAGAUACCACCCGAAAGGCCAGAAUGUCUUCCUAAUCGAACAGAAGAAAAAGAAAGAUCAGAGAGAGAGCAAAAGCAGCUAGACUUGCAGAAGCCUUCAGUUCCUGCUAUACCUCCGAAGAAACCCCGGCCCCCCAAAGCCAACGCUGUGUCCAGACCUGGCACCUUGCCCCCGAGACGACCAGAAAGACCAGUUGUGCCUGUGACUCAUGCAAGGAGUGAUAGUCCAAAAGUGGAAUUAGUGGGCAGUACGGUAUCUGGCACGCUAGAGAAAGACUCCUCUGAAAGAAGCAAUGACAUCGACUUGGAAGGUUUUGAUUCUGUAAUACCAAUUGCUGAGAAGCUUAAUCAUCCAACUACAACCAGACCAAAAGCUACUGGCAGGCGACCACCCUCCCAGUCUCUCACAUCUUCAUCCCUUUCAAGCCCUGAUUUCUUUGACUCACCAAGUCCUGAAGAUGAGAAGGAAGACCAUGUUUCCAUUACUCACAAAACUCUUGAAGUGUCAAGGAAAUCAAGAACUGUUACAAUAUCACAAGUGUCUGAUAACAAAACUUCCUUGCCUCCAAAACCAGGAGGUCUGGCUAGUGGCAGUAAUGUACAACCAUCACUAUCCCCUUCACCAUCACCUGGAUUUCACUCAAUUGCUAUGGGAACAACAGGCCACAGGUCAAAUUCCCCAUCCCUGUUUGGUACUGAAGGAAAGCCAAAGACUGAGCACUUGAGCCAAGGUCAGACUGCCCUGGAGGAGCUGAGAACACAAAUUAGGGAGCUGAGAACCAUCAUUGAAACCAUGAAAGACCAGCAAAAAAAAGAGAUAAAACAGUUGCUCUCUGAGUUGGAUGAAGAGAAGAAGAUCCGUCUACGAUUGCAGAUGGAGGUUAAUGACAUAAAGAAAGCUCUUCAAUCAAAGUGAAUACUUGAUAGGUGGAAUGUUGCAUUAUUCUUCAUGACUGAGACUCAAAUUUAUGCCCCAGCCAAAAUAACUUUGUGCCAAAUGAUUUAAGAAUUGCCUCAACAUCCCUUUAUUUGAAGGAUUAGCACAACAGUUUUUGAUAGCACAACAAAAAUACCAACAAGAACAAAUUUCUACCCAAAGCCGUGCUGUGCGGCACUAGUUGUGACUGAAUUAAUCUUCUUGUGCUAAAGGCUCUCUACUUCAAGAUCCUAGGUGAAAUGAAAACUCAGGCAGUUUAGUCCAUAGUGGUACUAUUUUGAUGAUAUUUUUCCAUAAAUAAAGUGUAUUUCAGAUUA